UCGAUAGCUUCACAGACAGAGCUCCGGCAGCAUGUCGGACUGUUCCUCCCACUGCCACUGCUACACGGGCUGGCUUUUCCUUGGGCUCCUGCUCUUCCUGGAGCUCUGCUGCUGCUGCUCCGCAGCGAGCGAUGCAGAAGCAACCUCGAGUGGCGGCGGCAGCUUCCAGCGCAUCUACCAAACCGAACAGACAGUGCGUACGGCCAAGGGCAAGGAGAUGCAUUCGUACAUGAAUCUCAGUGCCGAUCCCUGUACGGAUUUCUACGAGUAUGCCUGCGGUGGCUGGACAGCGGCAGCCAGCCCCCUCGUGCAGCUGCACCAACGCACAGACGUGGAUCUGCUGCGCUUGCUGGAGGAGACGGCCCACAGGGAGGACAGCGGAGUGGCCAGGCAGGCCAAGGAGUUCUACAAGUCCUGCCUGGUGGCCCAGGCACAUCAGAGCCAACAGCAGCAGCAAUUCCUCAGCGAAUUGAUCCAGCAGAAUGGUGGCUUUCCGGCUGUACCCGGUUCCAAUUGGGAGGUGCAUCACCACGACUACGACUGGCUGCGGGUCCUUGGGGAGCUGCGGCACCGCUUCGGGCUGGACAUACUGAUUGGGCUGCGGAUCGGCUACAACUAUGCGAGUGUCCACGAGAACAGCCUCUAUCUGAGCGAGCCGAGCACCUUGAUACCCCGCGAUCUGUGCACCCACAACCGCCUGGAUAUACGCGACAUGGCCUAUGAGCCGCUGGAGCGGCGCGUGGCCUCGGAGCUGAUGGCCUGGCUGGCCCUGGGGAAUGAGGCAGCCGCCCGCUUGGCCGCUGACAUUCUGAGCUUCGAGCACGAGCUAUGCGGCGGCAUGCUGCAGGACGACUCUUCCGAUGCGUCCUGGGAUGCCGAACGGCAGCUGUACGCCGGCAACUAUACGCGCAAGACCCUGGCGGAGUUCUCCAAGCUCUACGCACUGAAUCUGGAGUCGUAUGUGACGGCCAGCUAUGGCCAGGUGAUCUACAAGCCCGUCUACAUGGCCGCGCCCAAGUACUACCGCCAGCUGCAGCGCACAGUGGCCGCCCACAAUGCCAGCCAAGUGGCCAACUACAUCAUGUAUCGGGCGGUGUCCGCUCUCACCUUUCCCCUGGACGAUCGCACCCAUUUGAGGCGCAACGAGUGCUUGGGUCGCGUCAAGCGGCACCUGCCCACGGCCCUGGGGGAGCUGUAUGCCCGGCAGUUUGCCAGCGAGGAUACGCGCAAGGACCUCGAGGCACUCUAUGGCCAGCUGCAGGACGCCCUGAAGCAGAGCCUGAGCGCCGAUUGGCUGGAGGAGGGCUCGCGGCGUGUGGCACAGCGCAAGCUGUCGGAUUUGAAGCUCCGCUUGCCCCACUACGAGCGGCCGCUGGCCUACAAGCUGCAGCUGGAGCGGAACGGCUACUGGUCGAAUCUCCGGCAGCUGCUGGCCGCUGUGCAGACACAGCAAAUGGGCCGCCUCUUCGAGGAGGAACUGCCCGCGCCCAGUGAUCCCGUGGAGGCGUAUGAGGCACGGGUGCGCUACCGGCCCGUCCAGCGGCAGAUCGACAUGGGAUGGGGCCUGCUGCAGGCGCCCUUCUACGAUCCGCAUUACGGGCAGUCGCUGCGCUAUGCCACGCUGGGCGUGGCUGUGGCACACCAGAUGGCCAUGGCCUUCGAUGAUCCACACUGGUCCGUGGGCCUGCUGGAGCGCGACAAUUGGGAUGGGCUGACGGCGUGGCGAUAUCGCGAUCGGAGCGAGUGCUUCGGCCGCCAGGUGGAGGAGUAUUUGCACGCCAAUGCCAGUGCCACGCGGCAGCUGAUCGCCGACAGUGCCGCCCUCAAUGUGGCCUUUCGGGCCUACCUCACGUGGCUGGGCUUCCAGGAGCCGAACAACGACUUCAAUCGCCUGUCCAGGGAGACCCUGCCCGGCCUCAACUACUCCAAUACGGCGCUCUUCUUCGUGGCCUACGCCCAGCAGUACUGCAGCCGGCAGGAGAGUCGUCGUGGCUCGUGGUCGUCCUUGGCCAAGGAGCUGCCGCCGUACAGUGCCCGGCAGAAGCACAGUUGGCCACGCAUGCAGGUCAACGGUCCGUUGUGGAAUCUGGAGGAGUUUGCCCGAGAGUUUCGCUGUCCCAUUGGCUCGGCCAUGAAUCCGGCCACCAAGUGCAACAUUUACUAGCGGAUAAGUUGAAAUUUCAUGAUCGUUGGGUCACCUGGUUGAGGGCUAGUGGAAACAUGAUAAUAAACUCAAGAAUUGUCUCGAUCAAAGUUCAGGUUUCAC